GAGAAAACUCAUACCAUGGCCAUAGAGUUAUGCUCUACGAGCAUUGUUAGUGAUACCAACAAAAUAACAACAGCAACAAUAACAACAUCAGCAGCAGCAGCAGCAGCAACAACAAUUUACAUCAGCAACAACAAUAAGCAACGUCAAGCUCAACAGCUGUUCAAUUGCUUUUGCGCCAACUUCAAUCUACUGCUACUCACCUUGAUACUUGGCUUGGGCAAAUGUUGCAGUGCCACGCCCACACCGGCAUAUCAACAUCAACAACAAUUGCUUACUGAGAGUAUUGCCGGCAGCAAUGUGGCCCCCGUUCAAUCUGAUGGCUCAUUGACCAAACUCGAUGGCAAAGCCUUUUUAAAUAUGGGCUUUAAAUUUCUGAACGUAUCUGGAAAGAUUGGAACACCACUUGGCAUAGGCCAAUCCAUGGAUGAUAAAUGUGACGAGAAGCAAUUUCAAUGCCUGAGUGGCGAUUGUAUACCCAUACGUUUUGUGUGCGAUGGCGAAGACGAUUGUCGGGAUCACAGCGACGAGCAAGUUGCCGAAUGUAAAUUUCUUGAAGCCACUUGCUCAUCGGACCACUUCCGCUGCACAAAUGGAAAUUGCAUACCAAAUAAAUGGCGCUGUGAUCAGGAAAAUGAUUGUGCCGAUGCCUCUGAUGAGUCGCCAGCAUUAUGCAUGAAUGCCUGUCCCAACAAUGAAUUCAAAUGCCAAACUGUCGACCAGUGCAUUCCGCGCGAUUGGCUAUGCGAUGGCAGCAACGAUUGUCGCGACAAAUCCGAUGAGGCCCAAUGCAAGUCUCGCACCUGUUCACCUGAGGAAUAUGGUUGUAAAAGUGGCCUAGGAGAAUGUGUGCCCUUGGCCUGGAUGUGUGAUCAGAGUAAAGAUUGCAGCGAUGGCUCCGAUGAGCAUAAUUGCAACCAAACUUGUCGCUCCGAUGAGUACACUUGCGGUAAUGGUCGUUGCAUACAGAAACGUUGGGUGUGCGAUCAUGAUGACGACUGCGGCGACGGCUCAGAUGAACGGGAUUGCCCAGUGAUUCCCUGUGAUGCCGUGGCGGAGCAUACAUGCAGCAAUGGAGCCUGCAUAGCCAAGCGGUGGGUGUGUGAUGGUGAUCCGGACUGUGCGGAUGCCUCCGAUGAAAGGUCCUGCUCCAAUGUGACCAAGACGGUGACACCCUGUUUGCCCCAUGAGUACCAGUGCAAAGAUCGCAUCACCUGCCUGCAUCACAGCUGGCUGUGUGAUGGCGACCGAGACUGUCCCGAUGGCGAUGAUGAGCACACGGCCAACUGCAAGAACAUCACAUGUCGUCCCGAUCAAUUCCAAUGCGGAGACCGCAGCUGCAUAGCCGGCCACCUCACCUGCAACGGCGACAAGGAUUGCUCAGAUGGCAGCGAUGAGAAAAACUGCAAUUUUACGGUUCAAGCCAAUUUGCAAGCAUGCAAUGGCACAACUCAAUUCAAUUGCGGUGGCGGUCAGUGCAUAGCCCUGAGUAAGGUGUGCGAUAAGCGUAAGGAUUGUCCUGAUGGCGAGGAUGAACCGGCUGGAAAGUGUGGUGUAAAUGAGUGUGCGACCAAAAAUGGCAAUUGCAUGCAUAAAUGCCUCGACUUGGCAGUGGGACAUCGCUGUGAAUGUCAUGAGGGCUACAAACUAUCAUCCGACAAACGCUCAUGUGUGGACAUCAAUGAAUGCGAGAAUCCCGGCAUGUGUUCCCAGAUCUGCAUCAAUGAAAUUGGAGGCUUCAAAUGCGAGUGUGAGGCCGGCUAUAUGAGGGAUCCACGUAAUCACACCCGUUGCAAGGCCAGCGAGGGUCAUGCCUCGUUGUUGCUGGCGCGUCGUCAUGAUAUACGUAAAAUUGCCUUGGAUCACAUGGAAAUGACUUCAAUUGUGAAUAGCACAAAGUCGGCCACUGCCCUGGACUUUGUUUUCCGCACUGGCAUGAUCUUCUGGAGCGAUGUGACCACCCAAAGCAUCUACAAGGCACCCAUCGAUGAGGGACAGGAGAAGACUGUGGUCUUGAAACAAUCUUCAGUGACUUCAGACGGCUUGGCGGUGGAUUGGAUCUAUAAUCAUGUCUACUACACCGAUACACACAAGUGCACCAUCGAGCUGACGAAUUUCGAUGGCAAUAUGGGUAAAGUGUUGAUUGAGGACUCCCUCGAUAUACCCAGAUCGAUAGCACUCGAUCCCAUUGAGGGUUGGAUGUAUUGGUCCGAUUGGGGUGCGUCGCCUCGCAUCGAACGCGCUGGCAUGGAUGGCAGCCAUCGGACUACCAUCAUCAACUACGAUGUCAAGUGGCCCAAUGGCAUUACCUUGGAUCUGGUACGGAAACGCAUCUACUGGGUUGAUGGCAAACUGAACAUCAUUUCGAGUGCCAACUACGAUGGAUCACAGCGCCGUCAGAUUUUAUAUUCCAUGGAAUAUCUGAGGCAUCCGUUCUCGAUAACCACAUUCGAGGAUUACAUCUACUGGACGGAUUGGGAUAAGCAAACUGUGUUCAAGGCCAAUAAAUUUACGGGAGAAGGUGUAGAGCCUAUUACAGCUGUCCACAUGCUUCAACAUCCCAUGGUGAUACAUGUCUAUCAUCCGUAUCGCCAGCCCGAUGGCAUUAAUCACUGCCAGUCCGUGAAUGGCCAUUGUUCUCACCUCUGUCUGCCAGCCCCGCGUAUCAAUGAGAGAAGUCCACGCAUUUCCUGCGCCUGUCCGACAGGACUCAAACUGAUGGCCGAUGGCCUUAUGUGCGUGGAAGAUCCCCUUUACAAAGUGAUUACGAAACCUCCGCGUGCCCUGAAAACCCGACCAAAAAAAACCAAAGUCCAAUUAAACAAACCCCAUGCGAACUUGAAUAGUAAGAAACAAGAUAGUUUUGACAUAGAGCCAACAAACGAGCUCCGACUGAGCACUAAGAUGCCAGCAAUAAAUGUGGCUGAACGUCGCCCGGUAAAAAAUCAAACACAAAAUGAACAGACCACAGCGCCCAGUCCGCAGCCAGAUUCUGGUUUUAUAGCACUCGUUGUUAUAGCCAGUCUAAGUGGUUGUGCUGUUCUCCUUGCAGUGCUCUUGCUUAUUGGCUAUCGCUACUGUAGCAAACGACGCAUCAAUUCAAUGAAUUUUGAGAAUCCCAUUUAUCGUAAGACCACAACCUCAUCGGAUCAGGAUCACUUCAGUUUGCGUAAAAAUCUGCCGGCUCGCAUCUAUGAUCACACCAGUGCUAUGGAUGAGGAGUAUUCUCCCGUAAUUGGCAUAUCAUCGUAUUAAGUGUGUAACGAUGGGUAUAUGCAAGCCAGCAGUAGACGCGCCUGAAGACUGAGCAACUCUAUUAGAUGUGUAAAUUAUUUUAAAAUUUUAAGGAUGUCAUUCAAAGAUGUCAAACUACAUAAAUACUUAUAUGUUCACGAAAUUGCAUCCUUUAAGGAUGCUGUACAAACAUAAAACAGAGAAAAAAACAUACGUCACAGAGUUCUAUUACAACAAAAACCGAAAUUGAAUAAAACUAAAUAUUUUAAUUAGUUAUGCAUAAAUGACAUAGUUCCAAACUGUACAUAGCUGUAAGUGUGCGCAAGAAAUUUACUUUUAACUUACAUAAAUACUAUAUAUACUAUAUAAACUAGCAAAAAUGAAAAGUUACUUGUGUAACUGAAACAAUUCU